CACGUGAGCGGGGAAAUUGGGAAUUCAAAAAUGUGAAAGCCACUCCUCCUCCACCACCAAACAACGUAACUCUCAUCACUCUUGCUAUCUCAACUAAAAUGGAACCUCCCUCUCUGAGAUUGGUGAUUCUCCAAGGCCCACGCGAAGGUGAAACCCUCGAUUUCCGACCCGGAUCCGCCAUCAGAAUCGGGCGGGUCAUCCGCGGCAACACCCUCCCUAUCAAGGACUCCGGCAUCUCCUCCAAACACCUCUCCAUUCUCACCGAAUCGGGUAAAUGGGUGCUCCGAGAUCUCGACUCCUCAAACGGCACCGUUUUGGACGGCACCAAGGUCGCACCGCCGCAUACCCCCGUUGACGUCAACGACGGCUCCACCAUCAAGAUCGGUGAACUCACCUCCAUCCUCGUCACCUUCCUCCACCCUCCGACCCUGUCCGGUCCAACCGGAGCCGAACCGGACCCAGAGACUGAGGAGGGUGCACCUGCUGCUGCUGCUAAACCGGGUCGACCCGCCAGAACUAGGGUUACCCGGAAUUCGAAGAAUGAGGUUAGGGUUUCUGAUUCGAGUGUUGUUGUUGGGAAUUUGGGUGCUGCUGAAGCUGUGAACACGCGAGUGACUCGGAAUUCGAAGAAUAAGAGGAAUGUGAUUGAGGAGAUUUCUGAUUUGGGUGAUCUGGAAGAGAGGGUGGGAGAACCCAAGAUCACUAGGGUUACCCGGAACACGAAGAGUAAGAGGAAUGUGAUUGAGAUUUCUGAUUCCGUUGCACCGGAAGAGAAGGUGGAGGAACCGAAGAACACUAGGGUUACCCGGAACUCGAAGAAUAAGAGAAAUGUGAUCGGAAUUUCUGAUUCGAGAAUUGGGAAUUUGGAAGCAUUGGAAGAGAAGGUGGAAGAACCUAAGAUCAGAAGGGUAACCCGGAAUUCGAAGAAUAAACGAAAUGAGAUUGAGACUUCUGAUUCGAGAAUUGGGAAUUUGGAUGCUGUUGAAGAGAAGGUGGAAGGACCUAAGAUCAAACGGGUGACUCGGAGUGUGAAGAAUAAGCGAAGCGAGGUUGAGCCUUCUGAUUCGAGAAUUGGGAAUUUGGAUGCUGUUGAAGAGAAGGUGGAAGAACCGGAGAAUAAGUGGGUGACCGGAAAUUCAAACAAUGAGGAGAGUGUGAUUGAGGAGAGUCCACAAAAUUCAAGCUUGGAGCCUAGGGUGGAGAAUGUUGAGAAAAAGAAAACAAGGGGUGGUGCCAAGAGUGGGGAAUUGCAGGAAGAAUGCAACGGUAAAGAGAAUGGUGAUGGGACAGAGAAGGAGAAAUUGAAUGGGGAUGAGAAUUUGCCUGAUUUGGAGAAGUUGAGUCUGGGUGAGUGGUUUGAUUUCUUGGAAGUUCACUUGCCAAAACAGAUUAUUGAUGCAACUGAAGAGAUGUUUGAUUCUAUGAGACAAAAAGCUGAAAGACUCCGCGAGUACAUCAUGAUGCAAAAGAAUCACCAAGUUGAAGUGCCUGCGGUAUAGACUAACAUUUUGUUGUCUUUUCUCUUGUUCAUCCUUUUUGAACAAUAUUAGUUCCAUAUUGGUUCUUAGAGUUCGGUUCACGUAGUUGUAAGUAUAUAGCAUGGUCUUGAUAAAUUUUACUCCUAUCGCUGAAAGCUUUACAAAUUAUACAAUUUAUUUGUUAUUUGAGCUGGGUAAGUUUUUUUUGCUAUUCAUGAAU